UUACAUAAUAUCGACUCUUUAAAUUCAAGAGCCAGGAGGCUGAGAGACAGAUCUCACUGAAGGUGUGGUGCCAGGCGGAGGGGAAUUCUCCAGUCAGAUCUGAUCAAGUCUGUUUUUGCCUUGCAGACAUGAGCGAGGUGACCCGAGAGUCGCUGAAAGCAGCCCUGAAGCAGCUGAGCUGUCACUUUACGUGGAAUUUAUUUAAGGAUGAGAAUAGCAUCGAGAACCUGGAGGGGAAGAUUGUAGACAGCAUUGGGUUUCUCUGCCCUCAGUCCAAAGCGUCAGGACACAACCUCCUGGCCUACCUGAAACAUCUGCAGGGUCGCGACGAGGAAGCCCUGCGCUGCCUCCAGCAAGCCGAGGAGCUGACCCAGCAGGAGCACCCUGGCCAGGCUGAAGUCAGGAACCUGGUCACUUGGGGCAACUAUGCCUGGCUGUACUACUACAUGGGCCGGCUGGAGGAGUCCCGUACCUACCUGGACAAGGUCACGCAGACGUGCAGGAAGUUUGCAAGCCCGUACAGGAUCGACUGCCCAGAGAUGGACUGUGAGGAAGGCUGGGCCAGGCUCAAGGGCGGCAAUCGCUACGCAGAACGGUCCAAGGCCUGUUUUGAGAGGGCUCUGGAGAAGGAGCCCCUCUGCCUGGAGCUUCGUGUGGGCCUGGCCAUCGCCACCUGUGGUCAGGAUGAGGUCAGUAGAUCAUGGAGGCACCAACCUCUUGACCUCCUGAGGCAGACCCUUGAGCUGGAUCCUGAUAACAAUUACCUCAAGGUGCUCCUGGCCUUGAAACUCCAGAAAAUGAACGACAUAGCCACAGGAGAAAAGUUAGUGGAAGAAGCCUUGGAAAAAACCCAGUCACCAGAGGUCUUCCGGCUGGCUGCCAAAUUUUACCGGAGCCAAGGUUUCCUGGAAAAAGCCCUCAGCCUGUUUGAGAAGGCUUUGGAGUUUCAGCCUGCCACGAGCUCACUCUACCACCAGAUCGGAUGCUGCUGUCGAAGCCUGGCCAGCCAGCUCCUUCACAGGGACAAGAUGGAGGAGCUCCGGGACCCUGGGACCCGAGAGAAGGUGAAGCAGCUGCAGAGCCGUGCCGCUGAGUAUAUGGAAAAAGCCCUGGAGAAGAACGGCUGCUACCCUAAUAUGUACUUAGACCUUGCCUCCAUGUACACAGUGCUAGGCCACCACAGUAAGGCGGAAGACAUCUACCAAAAAAUACUGGUAAUGGAGCAGCUCACGGACAAUGAGAAGCAGCAGAUGCACCAGCGUUAUGGGAACUUCCAGGACUAUUUCCGGGGCCAGAGAGACAUUGCCAUUCACCAUUAUUUAGAAGGUGUGAAAAUAGGGGGAAAAUCUGCUGAGUAUGAGAAAAUGAAGUCCAGACUGCAAGAAUUAGCAGUCCACCAGGGAUCCCAAAAGUCACCCUCCUUGCAGGGCUGGAGGCUGCUGGGGUUCCUGGCCAAGAUGAAUGGAGAUGAGUCACUGGCCAUUGAGUACUAUGAGAAGGCUCUGGGCAUCCUGUUCAAACAUUCCAGCUCAGGCAUUGCAAGCCUCUUCCCCUCUCCUUCCUCUCCAGAGGCAGAGAGAGAGGAGGGCCCAGGAAGGGUCCUGUUCCAAGGGCGCAGUGAUGGUGCCGCUUCUGUGCUCAAUGGGGAGAGCAAAACCAGGCAAGAAAGACAGGAGAUGCCUACGAAGAUGAAUGGGUGUCCGGGGAGAGCCAGCCCACCCUUCCUAGGGUCUCAGAACAGGGUCGCUUUUGCGUACAAUUGCAGUGAAGAAUAGCGAAUAAGAACUGGUGGCCUAGAAUGACCAGAGAGAUAGUGGUGUUGGAGACGUUGACUGUGAUGCACAAGAUGGCUCGACCGGGAAGCUGGUGCUUCCCCGGCAGCCUCCUCUGAUCCAAGCGACAGGCCUGUCAUUUUUUAGAUGUUAUGGGCAAAAGGACCUGUAGCCAACUGAGGACAUUGACUUUGACCCAAGAGCUACCGAUUUCUUCUUUGUCUUCUCUGAUCCCACACCGAUAGCAUCAUUUCACGGCUCAGAGUCCAUUAGGGGCUCCACAUUGCCCCCCAGUAAUGUCUAAACUUAGCUCAGCAUUUGAGGAACUUCCCGUCUGGUUGUAAUUUACUCCUCUGGACCCUUCACAGCACCUUCCCCCAGGAGUCCUCCAGACUACAUCUGAAAUGGCCUCAGCAUGCUGAUUCUGCUCAUCUUUGAGCCCUUGCUCGUGAGAUUUCCUAGACCAGACGUCGGGUCACCUGCUCCCCUUUCCAUUUCCAGCUAUGGAAAUCCCACCCACCCUUCAAUAGGCCAUUCAAAUGGAUCAUUUCAUGUCAUUAUCUCCUACAGCUGGAAAUAGCUCCUCUCCCCUAAGUCUCGGACAGCCCUUAUCUGCAGCUCUUUCAUUCAUGUUGUACGAUCAGUGUUGUUCAUCUAUAGUUCACCUCCCCUCCUGUUCCCCUUCUGACGUUGUAAUAUGCAGUCCUUAGGACAGUGCCUGGCGCACAGUAGAUGAUUAAUAAAUUAAUACAUUUAGAACAGG